CAGAAGGGAAGACGAAGGUUAUAAAGUUCUGACGCCUUGAAAGGACAGGACUUGUCAGUACUAUGAAGAUUGACUUUCAACAAUUAUUCACACAACUCUCAAACUCUGCAAGAAACGCAUGGAUAAAGUGUUCAGGUGCGGGACAUCUCGAUAGCAACCAUGAAGAUAAGUUGCACAGCCUUAGUGCUGCUCAUCCAAACAUUACAAUGUUUGGCUUCAGAUGAUUCCCCAUUUCAACUCACUAACAAGAACACUGGGUUUUGUUUGGUUAAAACAAAUAACAACUGCAAUGAUGUACGCUGGACAAAUGGGGACCGACUUCUGGUUCAAUUGUCAGAUAAGUGCCUUGGAGCCCAAGGGAAAAGUGUGGGAAGUGAAAUACACCUCUAUGAAUGUGACGAAGAAGGUGAACUCCAAAAGUGGGAAUGCAAGAACGGAACAGUGCUCGCCCUCAAAGGACAAGAGCUUUACAUGGAGCUCACUGCAGACAACACAGCAGUUCUCUCUAAAACAGUCGGACCAAAUAACCACCUCACAAUUUCAGGGACGUCCAGUGGUGCUUGUGCAAGAACAUACAGAGAAUAUUUUGCAAUUGAUGGAAAUGCAGCCGGACUGCCGUGCAUGUUUCCCUUCCAGUACAAGGACAAGUGGUACUCAAAUUGCACUACGAUAGAGUCUCCAGGAAAGCAUCUUUGGUGUGCAGUUGAAACAAAAUAUCAAAGUCAACGCUGGGGCUUCUGCCCAGUUACCUCAAAAGAAAACUGGAAUUACCACCCAACCACAGGAGAAUAUUACCAGCUCAACUCACAAGCAGCUCUGUCUUGGCCCCAGGCUGAAGCCAGCUGCAAACAGCAAGGGGCCAACCUGCUAAGUAUCUACGAUUUUCACCAGCAGGCUUAUGUCACAGCACUACUUGGUGCAAGAAGCAGUAAGAUAUGGAUUGGUCUGUUCCUGGAUCCAGAACAUGGCUGGAAAUGGUCUAAUGGGAGACCUUAUCGUUAUAUGAAUUGGGACUCUGGACAUCCCCUUUCUGAUCCUGGACACAUCUGUGCAAUUGCUGAUCCUGCUGUACAGUACUCAUGGCAAAGUUCACUUUGCAGCAUGAAAAUCGGAUACAUUUGUUACAGUAAAGCGGCCGAGCCACUGCCUACAAAUGCUGCAGAUACGGGAUUUUGUUCAGCCCCUUGGAUUCCCUACAAUGGACACUGUUUCAACCUUAAUCGUACACAGAAAACAUGGCCUGAUGCCCAGAGAGAGUGUCGCUUUGAAGGAGGGGACCUCGUCACCAUAAGAAAUGUGGAAGAGCAAAGCUUCGUGAUCUCUCAGCUUGGAUACACAUCCAAUGAUGAGCUUUGGAUCGGACUGAAUGACAGGAGCACAGAGGGACAGUUUGACUGGAUUGACCACUCCACUGUCAGUUUCACUAACUGGGAAUAUGGUAAACCUGCUGUCCAGACUGACCUAAAGGACUGUGUUCUCAUCAAAGGAGAGAAUGGGAACUGGGCUGACAGUGUGUGUGAGGAGAAACAUGGCUCCAUUUGUAUGAAGAUGAGUGCCUCCAUACCCUCUGGAAAGGAAGUGGAGCAGGAUAAAGGCUGUAAAAGGGGGUGGAGAAAACAUGGCUCUUACUGCUAUUUUAUAGGGGUCCAGUCCAAAACCUUUGAGGAAGCCAACGCUGACUGCAAGAGCUCAAAUUCCUACUUAGCUGAUGUUUCAAAUGCAGUGGAUAAUGCCUUCCUCGUCAGCUUGGUUGGGUUGAGACCAGAGAAAUACUUCUGGCUGGGCCUCUCAAACCAGAAAAACAUUGAUCAAUUUGUGUGGACCAACUCAAACUCAGUGAAGUUUACUCACUGGAACGCUCUAAUGCCAGGUCACAACCAGGGGUGUGUUGCCAUGACAACGGGGGUUUUUGCUGGCCUCUGGGAUGUGCUGCCCUGCACCAAUAAGGCGAAAUACAUCUGUAAACACCUGGCAGAGGGGGCGGUUUUAACCCCUGCACCACCUUCUGUUCCCCCUACAACAUGUGCAAUAGGCUGGUCUCGAGUGGGAUCAAGAAACUAUUGCUUAAAGCUGUUUAAACAGUCACAAUCUGACAUGAGGACAUGGUUUGAUGCAAGGAAGUACUGCAUGGACCUCGGGGGGGACCUGCUCAGUAUCCACAGUGCUGAGGACCUUGAAUCCAUAACAACACGAGGUGGAUAUGGUAGAGCCUGGAUUGGACUUAGUGCCCCUGACCCAACAACCGGUUAUGUGUGGAACGAUGGAUCUCCACUGAAUUUUCAACACUGGAAGCAUGACGAGCCUAACAACAAACACAAUAUAGAAUCUUGCACUGAAAUAGACAUAGAUAGGGCAAAGCAGUGGAACGAUUUGCACUGUGAGAGCUUCCGUGAUUGGCUAUGCCAGAUCCGUGCAGGAAAAACUCCAAAUCCAACCGCAGGCCCCGUCACUCCUUACUACAAUAGGACCUCAGACGGGUGGCUAGAAUGGAAUGGGAAUCAGUAUUAUAUUAACUUAAGGUCAAUGGAUAUGGAAGAAGCUCGUCGCUACUGCCAAAAUAGGCAUAGUGACUUGGUAACGAUCAACAGUGAAGCUGAAAGUCUCUUUUUAUGGAAACAGGUGUCCAGAAAUAAUGGUUUUUACUGGAUAGGCCUGUACGUAGAUCUUGAUGAAACUUAUGGGUGGAAGGAUGGUUCUCCAGUGGUGUUUCAAAGGUGGGAUAUAAAUCAACCUAAUUCUCAAAAUAAUUUUGAGACCUGUGCUGUCAUCACUUCUGAAAUGGGGUUCUGGCAUGAUUAUAACUGUGGGCAUGAGCACAAAUCCAUUUGUAAACGAAGCGGCUCACCACCGGCCAACGCCACUGUAGCACCAACAGUUCUACCAAAAGGCGGCUGUCCACAAAACUGGAAACAAUUUGAUUUAAAGUGCUACAUCGUCAUUAAUACACAGGAAGUGACGUUCAAUGGAGCACAGAAACAAUGCAGAGCAAUGGGAGGAAAGUUGGCAUCAAUUUUCUCAAGAAAAGCACAAGUCUUUUUGACCACUGAAAUGGCUGAGGCACCCACCAAAGACCUGUGGAUUGGUUUGCUUAGAAUAAAUAAAUUAUCAUUUUACUGGACUGAUGGGCGACCAAUGAGAUACACCAACUGGGGAAUGGAAAACUAUCGUAUAAUGAGCAGUAUUCAUCACCCUUACAUGAGGCAUCACUUUCAUGAGAGGCACCGCUUUCAUGAGAGUUUUAGCUUGUUUCAUCUGGAUGAGGAGGGGAACAAUUGUGGUGCUUUGUCUACCAAUCCUGACUUUGGUAUUGGAAAAUGGAUAAAAAAGUCCUGCAAUGACACCAGCGGAUACGUCUGUCUUCGAAAUGUUGAUCCCUCUCUCCCAGAACCUGAACCUGAAGCUACGUUUACCGACUAUGUCAAAAUAUUGAAUGACUCUUUUAAGAUCGUUACCCAAAAUAUGAGCUGGGAUGCAGCCAAGCAGUAUUGUGAACGUGAUGGUGCAAAGUUAGCCAGCCUGCGUAACGAGUGGUCACAUGCGUAUGUUGAGCUGAUGGCUAUAAAACUCAAUACUCCUCUGUGGAUUGGAAUGAACAAAAAUCAGACUGCCGGAUAUUUCAGAUUUAUUGAUGGCUGGCCCAUCACCUUUACCAAAUGGGCUAGAGGGGAACCAAGCUCAAUCAGAUCUUGUGUGGUUGUGGAUUUAGAUGGAAAGUGGAUCACUACCAACUGCAAUCGGAACUUAAACGGCAUUUGCAUGAAGUCUACAGAUGUGCCACCCACCGAGUCAAGCGAUUUUCCAGGAUUGUGCCCUGAUGACCCAGAAAGGCCCCAUCACACGAGUCAGAAAAACAGCUGGCUACAAUUUAGGGGUUACUGUUACUUAUUUUUAUUAGAACAUGUUGAAUGGCCUGAUGCAUCUGCUAACUGUGUAAGACAUGGUGGAACUCUAGCCAGCAUCACACACCCUUCUGAAAAGGACUUCAUUUUUAACAAUAUUGUAAGAUUUAAAGACAACCAACAGACUUUCUGGAUCGGCUUGUACCAAACUCACACAGGCAUGUGGCAGUGGUUGGACAGCAGCAUUGUGGACUACAGUAACUGGCGUUUGGGUCAACCACAGGGCGGCGAAUACGGAUCGAUUAGAACUGAGGAUGGUAAAUGGACAACAGGGAACCGGUGGUAUGACAGAGGAUAUAUUUGCAAAACUGCCAAAGUAGUUACUCAACAAGUGACACAGACAACUGUAACUCCAGUGAUGGAUCUUCAAACCCGUGGCCGCGUCUUUUUGAUAGUUGCCCUUGUCAUUACUGCGAUUGUCAUAGGAACAUUCAUUGCCUUGUUUCUAUUCAAGAAGUCUGGCCAUCGCUUACGUUUAACCGAAAAGUUAUCAACCUUCGACAACCCUCUCUUCUUCAACAACGAGCGGUCCAAGCCGGAUGUGAUAGAAAUUGCAGAGGAAUAGAACAAUGGGCCUGUUAUUACUCUGUGAUGUAAAUACCAGCAUUUCAUUUUCCCUUUUGACAACACAAUGCUGUUGGCAAUAACUAGCUUUAAUGAUGAAAAGAAUGUUGUAUUUGACACAUAAAUCUGUUUGUUAUAACUCAAAAUUGUCUUUGAUUUUAUAUUUUAUAAAAAGGAACUGAUUAAUUAAAUGUAGAUUGGUAUCUUAAUGAUUUUUGCCAUAUUUUAUAUAUAACUAUUGCAUUUUAUCAUCCUUUAAGCUAAAGUAGAUGACAUUUUACUUUUAUAGACUGAGACAAUUAAAAUAGUUGCAUUCAAAGACAUUGUAAAUAACAACCCAUUGAUUUCUCCAAACUCAAAAGAGAAACGGCAAAUGAUGUGUAUUUAAGUGCCUUGUUUAAUUUAGCUUCAACAAUUUAUGUUUUUAAUUAGCAUUAUUUUUUUGUCCACCACCUCUCAGAGAGACUAUUGUGCUUGUAUAUCCUUCAUAUUCUGGUGGUGGUGACAGACUGUUUGAUCAUGGUUUCACAUACAUAAGAAAUACAAAAUGUAAACAUUGAUUAUCUGUUGAUUUCAUAAUAUCACCUUUAGACAAAAAAUAAAUAUACAGGCUUUUACAUCCUGGUAGCAGUGUU